ACUGACCACAAACUAAGUUGCUCACAGCCUACCAAACUGAACAAGCAAGGUUAUUAUUUCAACGCCAAAAUGUGGGUAUCGUGGUUAGUCGUAUUGACCAUGCUACAACAAUGCACCUUGGGAAAUGCACGUCGUAAACGGACAAUUGAGGACAAAAACUUAGGAUUAUUGUUUAAAUCUGCACCAGAGAUGUACGAGGAUUUUCCCCUUGAGGCACAAAAACCAAUACCACAUUGGUUACAGGGACAACUGUUCAGAAAUGGCCCAGGACAAUUUGAAAUGGGUGAUCGUAAAGUCCACCAUAUUUAUGACGCUUUUUGUAAGAUAACGAGUUUCAAGCUUCUGGGUAAUAAAACAAUAUUAUACACGUCAAAAUUUGUUGGUACUGGUUAUUACAGAGAUUCAAAGAGAUUAGACACUAUUGCACCUUAUAUGAUGUUCGAUGGAGCCGAGCCGCCAUUUUCAACUGUGGAAUCAAUGGAGGCGCUUUUACAUGGAAUCGAUAACCCGAUCACAAGUGUGUACCAGUUAGGAGAUAAUUCCGCAGAUUUUGUAGCAGUUGGUGACUUUUAUGAACUCUAUAAACUAGACAAACAAAGCUUGGAAACGAUUGAGAAAGUUGAGCCUGAGCUCCCAGGCCGUUCUAGUGUAUUAUCUCUGCUACCGAUCCCCCUGCCGUCAUGUGGGCACCCCCUCAAAGAAUACAACGCAGAAACAUUCAUCAAUUUUGUAAGUGAACUCAGCGUGAUACCAUUCGUUGAUAACACCAUCUCAAUAGUCAGGAUGUUUAACGCCAAGAAAAGAGAGGUCAUAUCAAGGUUCAAGGUCGAUCGGAUUCCCUACAUGCAUUCCUUUGGUCUCACACCAAGUCAUGUGAUAUUAUUCGGGGCGCCUAUGUAUGUCUUAACGUACAAAAUCCUCGAAACCAUUAACCCUUCUCAGAGCCUUGAGUGGGUCAAAUCAGAACCUACGACAUUUUACGUAAUCAAUAUUAAAACUGGGAACGUCCAAAUUAUGAAAACCGAGACAGUUUUUGGGAUGCAUCACGUCAACUCUUAUCACGUUAAACCGCAUAUUGUAAGAAUGGAUUUCAUAACGUACCCGGAUCUUGAAUUCACAAAAAGUAUGACGUUAGACAUAAU